GGCCCGGCAGGGCUGGGGCGGGGGGCCGCAGCCAUGAUCCGGGCCUUCUCGUUCCCGGUGAGCCCCGAGCGGGGCCGGCUGCGGGGCUGGCUGGAGGGCAGCCUGGCCGGGCUUUGCGAGUUGCACUGGCUCCGGGAGCGGCAGGAGUACCGCGUGCAGCAGGCGCUGCGGCUGGCCCAGCCCGGAAUGGGGGGCGCCGAGGCCGAGGACGAGGAGGACGCCGACGAGGACGAAGAUGCGGCGGCGGCGCGCCGGGCCGCAGCGGCCCUGGAGGAGCAGCUGGAGGCCUUGCCUGGGCUCAUCUGGGACCUGGGCCAGCAGCUGGGAGACCUGAGCCUGGAGUCUGGGGUCCUGGAGCAGGAGAGUGGGCGCAGCUCAGGCUUCUAUGAAGACCCCAGCUCCACAGGAGGUCCAGACUCAGCACCCUCGACCUUCUGUGGGGACAGUGGCUUCUCUGGUUCUGGCUUCUCUGGCUCUGGCUCCUCCUACGGACGCCUGGGUCCCUCUGAACCCCGGGGCAUCUAUGCCAGCGAGAGGCCCAAGUCCCUAGGAGACGCGUGUCCCAGCGCUCCGGAGGCGGUGGGCGCGCGGGCGGCCGUGCCGCGGUCCUUCUCGGCGCCCUACCCGACAGCGGCGGAGCCCGCGGGCCCGGAAGCCUGCUCCUCGGCGGAGCGGCGGGCUCGCGCGGGUCCCUUCCUGACGCCCAGCCCGCUGCACGCCGUGGCACUGCGCAGCCCGCGGCCACGUGGUCGCUUCCCUGCGGAUUCCUCCGACGCCGCGCCUGGCGCCGGGCGGCCCCUGGACGGCUACAUCUCGGCGCUCCUGCGCAGGCGCCGCCGCCGGGGGGCGGGUCAGCCCCGGACCAGCCCCGGGGGCGCGGACGGGGGCCCGCGGCGCCAGAACAGCGUGCGCCAGCGGCCGCCGGACGCGUCCCCGCCCCCCGGGGGCGUGCGACCCGCGCCGGAGCCUCCGGUGGAGCGCGCGGGGGGCCGUCCGGUAAGCCCGGCCUCCUUGGGCCGCGCCUGGGCCUCGCCGUGGGUGUCGGAGGCGGUGCCCGAGCCCGCCGCGCCUCCCGAUGCCCCCUCGCCCCCCGACAGCCCGGCUGAGGGCCGCCUGGUGAAGGCGCAGUACAUCCCGGGCGCACAGGCCGCCACUCGAGGCCUCCCGGGCCGCGCGGCGCGCCGCAAACCGCCGCCACUGACUCGCGGCCGCAGCGUGGAGCAGUCCCCACCCCGGGAGCGUCCCCGGGCCGCGGGCCGCCGCGGACGCAUGACCGAGGCCUCGGGCCGCCGGGGCUCACCCAGAGCGCGCAAGGCCGCGCGCUCCCAGUCCGAGACCAGCCUGCUGGGCCGUGCUGCCGCGGUCCCUCCCGGGCCCCCCAAAUACCCCACGGCUGAACGUGAAGAGCCACGGCCGCCCCGGCCCCGCCGAGGCCCAGCGCCCACGCUCGCGGCCCAGGCUGCAGGGUCCUGCCGCCGCUGGCGUUCCACGGCCGAGAUCGACGCUGCGGAUGGGCGCCGCGGUCGUCCCCGUGCGUCCGCGGCCCGCGACCCAGGCCCCGGCCCGUCCCCGUCAGCUCCGCAGCGCCGUCUGCUUUACGGCUGUGCGGGCAGCGACUCGGAGUGCUCGGUUGGGCGCCUGGGGCCCCUCGGACGCCGGGGGCCCGCGGGCGGCGGCGGCUAUGGGGAGAGCGAAUCGAGCGCCAGCGAGGGCGAGUCGCCUGCUUUCAGCUCCGCGUCCAGCGACUCGGACGGCAGCGGUGGCCUCGUGUGGCCGCAGCAGCUGGUGGCGGCCACCGCAGCCUCCUCUGGGCCCGUGGGUGGUGCAGGUGGAGGGGCUCCCGCGGGCCCAGCCAAGGUCUUUGUGAAGAUCAAGGCUUCCCACGCGCUCAAGAAAAAGAUACUGCGUUUCCGUUCGGGUUCUCUCAAGGUCAUGACUACAGUGUGAGUUUGGGGGUUUGCUUGGUUCCCCCCCACCCCGCCCCCCUGUUCAUGACCUUUGCACUCCCAAUCACUGACCCCUCCAUAACUCCCUUCCAAAGACCACCGUUUUCUCUGCUUCCAAAGACAGCCCCCCUCCCCUCCACUCUCCCCAUUCACAGCAGUUGUGGUUGAAAGGCUCUCCCGCAGGGAGGAAUGGGGGUGGGGGUGAGGAGCCCUGUUUGACCCACUUCAGCUUCUGGCUCCGGAGCCCUUGGGCAACCAAGUUCCCCUUCUCUGGGCCUCACUUUCAUCACCUGUGCAGUGGGUGCUGGUGUAUGCAGAAAGGGGUAAUUCAGUUCUAAUUUCUCCACUUGAGUUUAGACACUUAGUUUGUUUUUCACCCCUUCACUUCUCUGGAUGAGCCCUCUCAUCCUUCCUGUCUAUGUCCAGAUAUGGCCCUCACUCAUUCACAAAGCACCCUUUUCCCCCAUGUCCCUGGACCCUUAAGAUAUGCUCUUGGCAUCGUGGUCAGAGACUCUGUCUGACCCAGGUGGUGCCUGCAGAGUGACCUGGGAGGGAAAGAAGUGCUGACUUUGGGGUUUUGAGGGUCAAGUAGGAGUUGGUUACACCUGGAAAGAAGGACUCUUUCACCUCUGUCCCUGGACAACUAUGGGCUAUUGGGAGGUGGAAAAGGGGAAGAAGGAUGGCUUCUCUCUUGUGGCUCCCCUGUGAGAGGGAGUGGGGGAGCCCAGGAUGACCCUCAGCUGUUGCAAUCCAGUAUUUUUUUUCUUUUUAAAAAUUACUGUAUUUAUUAUGACGAUGGUGACUCCCCAGUGCACGGGGUGGGGGGGGGAGCUGUGUGUUUCUCUCGCCUCUUUGUAAAUAAAUGCACAGUGUUUCA